CCACGCAGUGCCUGAGAAGAGUCAGUGCUGAGCCUCCAGUGUUCCUUUCACAUCUGCACCAAAGCUAGCCUGAGACCCUGCAAAGCAAGGCAUGCGCUCCUCAUUCGCAGUUCUUUUAAAUUGAGCUCUUAUGGGCAUCUGCAGCAGCCUGGUUGAGUCAGAACUGAAAGCAGCAGCAGCAGUAGCAGUGGGAGACUACACUUAAUCACUCCAUUGGAUAUAUAAUAACCUCCAGGACGCAGGGAACUGAAGAAAACCCCUCAGCUGGUUGCAGGACAACAUUGAGCAAAACACUUUGCCACAGGCUGCUAUGUAUGAUUGGAUAUGGAAUUUUGACCAGGUGCCAAUUAUUAUCCUUUAAUCCAGGAUGCUCUGGAAACUUGCCUUAUCUGUUUUUCUGGUGGCGACCUUGGUUAAAGUAACAGAUACCAGGAAAAACCGUCCUGCAGGAGCAAUUCCAUCUCCCUACAAAGACAGCACAAGCAACAACUCAGAGAGGAGGCAGCAUCUGAACAAAGAAGUACUGGCCUCCAGCCAGGAGGCCCUGGUGGUCACUGAGAGGAAGUACCUUAAAAGUGACUGGUGCAAAACCCAACCCCUGCGGCAGACUGUCAGCGAGGAGGGCUGCAUAAGCCGCACCAUCAUCAACCGUUUCUGCUAUGGCCAGUGCAACUCCUUCUAUAUCCCCCGGCAUGUGAAAAAGGAUGAGGAAUCCUUCCAGUCCUGUGCUUUCUGCAAGCCUCAGAAAGUCACCUCCUUCACUGUGGAGCUGGAGUGCCCUGAGCUGGAUCCACCUUUUCGACUCAAGAAAAUCCAGAAAGUCAAGCAGUGCAGGUGUAUGUCUGUGAACCUCAGCAACUCGGACAAACAGUGAAAGCAAGUAUCUGGCUACUGCUUGGCAUCACCCCAUCAGAUUUGCUGCUGUCUCUCCUCUUCCCUGAGCAGACUCAUUGUCUGGUUUUCUUCCUUCAGGAUGCAUCUCUCUAGCAGGGGAGGCUCACUUGUCAUUUGCCUACUGGAAAUAAAGCUUGUCCUGGGCUAUGUUAGGCACCUUGCCAUAAAACCUCAACAUAUUUCCAAUAUAAUCCUCUUAAAAUUGAAUCUUUAAGGGUGGAGCAGGACCCUCCGAAUUUGGGAUUGAUCAUCUAGGUGUCCGAUGGCUGAAUCCAGCAUUAACAUUUCCACUAUGUGGGAAAAACUCUCUGCCCUACACUCCAGUCCUUUCUGUGGGAAGAAAAUGUGUCUCGCUACCUUUGCCGUCUCACUCAGUGUUCAGUCUGGAGCUUUUCACCUUCAUAUUUAAGCGCUUGGUGCUGCCAGCUACGGCUGUGAGGUGCAGCUAUGGGAUACAGUAGAGUACUAAAAGAAAAUGAGAGGCCACGAGCCUGAUGAGAGAACUCUAACUGUAGGAUGACGGAGUGCAGAGCCAUUCUGUGUCUGAGAUGGAGAUGAGCAUGGGGAGAGGGAACGUUAGGUUGGCCACAACUCUCUCAGCAGCCACCACCUUUCCAUCAGCAGACUGAAGAUGGAUUCUUGUGCUGUUGCAAUUUGACUAUAUCAAACACACAGUCUCAACAGCAAUGUUUAUUUUGUAACCUAGCUAUAGUAAAGUUGUUUAAAAUAUUAUUAGACCUAGCUAUGUAUAUUUUUCUUCUGGCAGAAUAUUCCGAAGAUUAGAUUAAAGUGUCUUGAGCAAAUAGAUUUGAUUGCUAGGUCAGUCACCUGACUUGAAACUGACAGGUUUUGAAUGGGCUUUCAGUAGAUUCUGCCAUAGUAUGUUCCACAACCCAUCCAGUUAUUACUGUGUAUUUAUACCUAUGUCGGGUAGGGUGGGGGGAGGGAAUUAAAACACUUGGGAGCAGUAUUCCACUUAAGUUAUUAAAGCAUUGUAGCACAAAGGACAGAUUGCAGUCGUUGUUGCUUUGAAUACAAAAGCUGCCUUACGUAUCAGUUUCUUCAGGUGUCGGGAGUGGCGUCUUCCACACAGUGAAUGGGAAUCAAGUGACCUUUGUCAUGUUGAAGGAAGAGCAGGCUAGCAAAUGCUUGUAGAAUGGGGUCAAAGCUACAGAAAUGAGGAAGGGUUCUGUCCCCUCCUUUACAAAUUGGGAGGGAAUGAGCUGUUGUAACUACUGCAGCAGUGUUGCCCCAUUACAUUUUUGAUAUAGGGGUAUAAUGAAUACAUGUUGAUGGCUAUUUUAAAGUCAUACUAAGUUACUCACUCACCAAAGUUUAGCAUGUUUGUAUAUUCAGUAUGUUCCAGUUCAGAUGUCUAAGACUAGUGGCUGUAAU